AUGGCUGCAUCUGUUUCAUCUGAUGAAUGGAAGAUUAUGGAAACAACAACCACAGCACCAGAAGAAGUUGCCAAACCAGUGGCAUCAGUUGUAGAAAACAUUGGCAAUGACGGAGGAUCAUUGCAAUCAGGUGCUGUGUCAGUAGUGGUACCUGAAGGUGCAGUUUCUAUUCCAACUAAAUUCUCUAUUGCCACAUAUUUGGAUGAACAAGUGAUGCCACCAGUCAAUGAAGAAAAGGUGGUGGUCAGCCCUGUUGUUCAUAUCUCCACAUCACAAUCUUCUCACAAGUUCAACAAACCCGUGCAGCUGUCUCUUCGACCCGAGGUAGCACUGAAACCGAGGGAGCACGAGACCGGAUGGCUUUUGGAGCUGAAGAUGAGUGAGUCGUCAACUGAAGGCAAGCCUUCUGAAUGGCACACUGUGUUGCAACUCAACACCGACACAGAAGUAGUGGAGACACACUCACCAUCCGUUCAUUAUGAUCCAAACACUCAAACACUGUAUGUCAAUCAUUUCAGUUUCUUCGUAUGGCUUGGCAAGGCACUUGGGAUCCGAUCUAUGCGAGACAUACGCUAUGUUCUAUUUGGCCAACAGCUGCAGCUACACAAUUGGAAGAUUGCCGCUCACAUCAUCCAUGGCUCAAUUUCCACCUACAAUAAAAUAGCUGAAUAUAUGAAAUCAAAGUCUUAUGAAGAGCUAGCAGUUCCUGUGAAGGAUCGCAUUGGUUUGGAAGGUAAAGUGCGCAUGUCAAUUGAAUGUUGUGACCCAUGGCAAAUGCGUUUGGGAAAAGCAGUCACUCACAUUCCAACUAGACGCAUUUGGAAUAGUCGAAAGGAUGCUUCAUGUUAUCACGAGUUCACAGUACAAGAUAGAGGGGGAAGCUCUCACACUCUAGAGUGUACAGUAGAGGCAUCAUUUGAGCAGGAAAAGUCAGUUGACCCUUCUGAUUCUGUCACUCUGAUUGUUGCUCAUUCAUUGACGAAACCUCCUCGUACUGCUACAAUAACAACAGGUGAUAGUCUUGCACUUGACACAGUUCUGGAUGUUGAUGAUAUUUCACAGUAUGCCAAAGAAGUAAGAGGACACAGUGACAAAUUAGGAGGAUUUUGGCGUGGAUGGACUGACGUCCCUGUUGAUGUAAUUAGAGAUGUCAGCUAUCUGCUCACCAGCAGUGAAUGCAAACAGCAACUGGCCAAGUCACUUCUAGAUGUUGAAUCUGGUGGAAUAUAUCGUGAUGAAAUAGUCCAGUCAAGUGAUGAAGUGUUUACCACACUCGAUUUGUGGAUUAGAAAUCAGGGAGACGAAGCUACGUUAGAUAGACUGUUUCGAUUCAUGCAGACAGUAGACUUGUUGGAAGCUUUGAAAGAGAGAUUGAAUGAACGCUUGAAAUCACAGAAACCCAAAAAAGUGGGCAUUGCUCGUUUUGAUCCUCCUCAACUGUUUCGUGUUGUUAAUAAAAACACAUCGACUUGGUGGCUGGAAUUAGGUUUAGAAAUGAGAUUGAAGUAUAACCAAGUGAUGAGCGCUGUAGAAGGCACAUAUGCAUGCAAACUUCGUGCCAUUUACGAAAGAAAACGCAGUGAAGUUGGAGAACACAGAGCAGCUGCUCACUUGGUAACAGCUGUGCAGGCAAUCAAAAAAAUGGGAUCAGUGGAAGAUGAUCUACCAGGAGUGACGGCUGCUCUAGCUAAAUCAUGCUCUUACAGUGACUUGGAAGCAGAACAGGUAGGACAGGCUAUUGUGGCGGCAGAGGCAUUGUACAAUGAUGACAAAUCUUCGAGACUUGACUCUUUUAGAGAAAGCAGCAGCAAUUUAGAGGGACAAGAGAUUUUAAAUCCAGUCUUUGCACAUGAAGGACAAGUAGACGUACAGCCUUCCUCUUGCUGCUGCCUCUCUUUCCUACGAAGAUGUCGCCAACAAUGAAAAGCUGAAGAAACAUCUGCAAUCAGAGCACAUUACUAAUUAAUGAAACGAGUCGAAGACUGUUGCAGAUGUUUUGUAGAAUUUGGCAAACUAGCUGAUGUUUUCUUUCUAGCUGUAUGGUCGAUUUGUGCAAUUGCAAGCAAUUCAUUAUUAUUGUAUUCUUGGGGCAA